CUUCUUCUCGUCACGUCGAUAUCUUCGCCACCAGCAUCCCGUCUUCUUCCACUUCUCUGUUCGCUACUGCACCCUCUUUCUCCUCCCAGGAAUCCCCAAACGAACUCAUUCCCUCGGCGCAUCCAUGUCGCACGCCCUGACUCUCUUUGACCGAGCGCUCGGCGUCGUACUCGCCUCGGCAGCCGGCGACGCGCUGGGGGCGCCCUACGAGACCAGCGAGACCAUGCAGGAAGCGCUUGCCGCGGGCGCCCCUGUGCAUUUCACUUCGUCCGAGGCCUGGGAGCAGGGCGAGUGGACAGACGACACCGCGAUGGCCAUCCCGCUGCUGGAGGCGAACGCGCGCGGACUGGACGUCUCCACGGGGGCCGGGCUGGACUAUGUCGGCGCUCGCUGGCUAGAGUGGGGCACAGAGGGCCCGGAUGCGGGCAAGGGCAUCGGACGUCAGACAUUACUUGUCUUUGUGCAGGUCCUCCGCGGCCAAGAAGGCGUUCAGUCCGAUCACCAGGCGGUGCGGCCGCUACAUGUUAGGAUGACCGAGGAGGCGGCAGAGGUUCAAGAGUCAUUGGGACGAGGCGCUGGUAACGGAUGCCUGAUGCGCGUUGGGCCACUUGCGCUUGGAUACCUUGGUCCGGAGGAUGGGAACAGGCUCGCAGACGCCGCGAGAAAACAGGCGCGGCUAACACACCACGAGCCGGACGCCGGGGACGCCGCCGUCCUCUGGUCCCUCGCGAUCCGGCACGCCGUGCUGACGGGUCAAGCCGACCUGCGCGGGCAGCUAGUGUAUCUACCGGAGGAUCGGCGGGCGCUGUGGGCCGAGCGUCUGGACGCCGCGGAGAAGGGCACGACUUACGACUUCAUCAAGAACAAUUGGGUCGUGACGGCACUGCAGUGCGCGUGGAUCGCCGUCCGCUCCGGCAGCGACGCUCGCUCUACUCUCGUUGCUGCGGUCAAAGGUCUGGGCGACACCGACACCAUCGCGGCUAUUGCGGGAGCUCUCGCUGGGGCGCUGUAUGGUGCACACAGCGUGCCGCCCGACUGGAGGGAGAAGCUUCACGGGUGGCCGGGGUACACCACUGUGGACAUGGAGCGCCUCGUGAAGGAAGCGCUCGCCCGAUUCCCCUCCGAGCCUAUGACCGCAUCUUCGCGCAACACGGCAAUUCCAGAAUCCGCGCCAGCCGAUCGCGCUGGAACACAUUGACAGGAAUGACGCCUGACGGCCGAGGUUACGGCCAACCUGGUGGACCUGGUGAACCUGGUGUACCACGCCCCUGCCGAUGCAGCGUACCGGCCGCCUCAACCGAGCAGAUCGCCGACGGUGUAGAGGGGGAGGGGGGGGGAGUGGAUAUUCCUUUUCCUUGCUGAAGCAAUCUAAGCCUUCCACGGCGGGAACACUUGUCUAUAGUAGUGCGGGUGCGGGCAGAAGAGUGAAAGACGUGUGCUUGUGCAGAGAUGUGGCGCUAGCAACGGC